GUGGCGUGUACCAGCUGGAAGCGAGUGUGGAUGAAACUGACUGGCAUUGUACCACUCGACAAGGAUCUUUCUACUAUAGAGAGGCGCUUCAUACACACGGGAUUGCCUCUCCUCAAGUCCAACAUGGAGUCUGAGCUCAAACUUAAGACUUACAAGAAGUUUAUAUUCGUGAGACACCCUUUCGAUCGUGUCCUCUCAGCCUUCAAGGACAAACUAGAGAGUUUCGACAAGUCGAGCACCUAUGAUUUCCACAAGGAAAUAGGGAUGAAAAUUCAGCAAAAAUACAGAGAAAAGACGAAUGGGGGCCACAACGUUACUUUCACAGAGUUCAUCCGAUACAUCACAGAGUCUGGCCCCUUAAGCUACGAGCAGCGCAACGAACAUUGGCUCUCCAUGCACGAGAUCUGCAACCCAUGCGCUGUACAGUACGACUUCAUCGGGAAAUUUGAAACUCUGAAAGAGGACGCCGACUACGUUCUCGACUGGCUAGGAGCCAAAAAUAUUGUCGCUAGCUUCCCUAUGUCUGACCGUCCAUUUUACACGCGACGGUACGAUCCCAAAUACUUUAAUUCCCUGGACCACAAAACAAAGAUGAAAUUCUUCGCCAAGUACCUCGCUGAUUUCGUGGCAUUUGAUUACAGAUUUUUGUGAUUCCUGAUAUUAUAGUGGGUGCGCCUUAACCAGUCCGCUCGAACUUUCCAUAGUAUAUAUAACAAGAGGUUGUUUGAGAAGCGAACAGAGGAAGCCAGGGGGACAGAUGUCUGCUAAAGUCGGUUAAGCAUUUUUCAGUUUGUAAUAAAGUUGGUAGAAUUACCGACAAUAUGUAAAGUAAAAGGACACAAGUGCAACUAAUGUGACAUUUUAUUGUGGCAACGUUUCGCUCUCCAGGAACU